GAUAAUUUUUAUCCAAAUAGACAACAAUUGACAAUUAUGCCUCGAGAAUCGAAAGUAAGAAAAUUUCUUCGAAGUGACGGACUUAAUUCUGAAAGGGCCACCAUCGAAUUCCUAAGCAAUCAUGUGAAAUAUCUCGAACGUAAAGCCAGAAAAAAAUUUAAAGAUUCUAAACUCGAAAAAGACGCAAUACUCAAUAGGAUCGAAAUUUUAAAUAAAGAAAUCGAAAAUCUGCGAAAAGAAAAAGACAUUCUUACUGUAUCUUUAAGAAUCGUAAAAGAUAUUAUGAAACAAUUCAAGGAUCCAAAAACAGAGGAAUUGCUUCGACAUAUACAAGUUGAGAUGAAAAAAUCAUUAUGGAAUGCACAAAGUCCUGAACCAGAAUCGAGUUUGGAAGUGCUUGAAAUUUUUGACGUGGAUAUGCAAGAAGUUGAAACAAAGAAGACCUGGAAUAAUAUUCUAGAUAAUACUGAU